CUGUGAACUUCAGAGAGAAAAAGUAAUUGUGUGUGUAUGGGUGUGUGUGCGUGUGAGAACGAGAGAGAGUGUGUGUGGUGUCUAUGUAGCACCUGCCUGCUUGUCUGCCUGUCUGUGUGCAUUGUGCAGGCCAGUGUGGAGAGUUGAGAGUCGAGCCGGAAGUGCGCUUGGAUUCCCUUUAAACUAAACACGCCCCCCAAUCCCAGAAAACAGCCCCAAAUGAUCCGUCUGCAUGUUGCUUGACCGGCAGCUCCCCCAGAAUCCAUCCUAUUGGGGCCCUUGUGGAGACGUACCCGAAGCAGACAAGACAGGCUGCGCGGGAGACGACCGACUAAGUUGAUUUACUCCGCCUCUAGCACCACCAGCAGCACUCCAGCACCAGUACCAGCUCCAGCACCAUGGCAGCUGUGUCGCACAACCCGUAUGCUCGAUCCCCCAACCCCUCCAGGCGGUCCUACGACUCGUCGUCCGUUUCGUCGGCCACCUCGCCCAAGCCGCCCACGCAGUAUCUUAGCGGCCUGAUGGGCUCGACCUCGACGACCUCGACGACAACGACCACGACGACAUCCUCAUCAGCAGCUUCGGCAACAGCAACCCCGACGACGUCCAGGUCGAAUCCGGCCCAGGCUCCUCACCCCAUAGGCAUCCCCCCGUUGCCCUCUUCGUCCUCGCAGGGCCCGUUCCAGCCCUACACGCCCGUCACGGCCACGUCGUCCGCCAUGGGGAGGGACUCGCUGCCCUCGGGCGAGUCGGUGGGCGGCACCCCGGUGCCCUCGCACGCCCAGCUGCCCUCGUCGUCGAGCUCCCAGGCCCAGAAGCGGGCGUACCGCCAGAGGAGGAAGGACCCCAGCUGCGAUGCCUGCCGCGAGAGAAAGGUCAAGUGCGACGCCACCGAGAUGACGAGCUGCUCCGAGUGCUCGAGCCGCAGCGUCAAGUGCCAGUUCACCAAGGAGACGAACCGGCGCAUGUCGUCCAUCAAGCAGGUUCAGGACCUCGAGAAGCAGAUGCAGCGCGUCCAGCGCGAGAACUCGACGCUCCGCCGCCUGAUGCAGGAGCGAGACGGGCCCCUGGACAUGGACGUCGACGGCAUCGAGCAGCUGCCCCUGCAGCUCCCCGAGAUCAACAUGGCGCCCAAGCACAAGAAGAGGCCGGCCGCCAUGCACGACCUAGCCCGCGCGAGGUCCAACCUGCGCAUUUUCUCACGCGGCGUGUGGAAGCCGCCCGCCCCUUUCCGCCGGCCCGCCACCCCCGAGCUUCGAGACUUCCAGCAUCUUCUGCCGCCCCGCCAGGCCACGGAGCCGCUGCUCCGGGCCUACUACGCCUCGGCCCACACCAUGACGCCCAUCGUACACUGGCCCUCGUUCCAGCAGGCCGUCGACAACCUGUACAAGCCGGGGAGCCCCGUGCGCGUGCCGCAGACAUUCAUGUCCCUCUUCUUUGCCGUGCUCGCCGUGGGCAGGCUCUUUACGGUCGAGAACGAGCAGAACCGAGCCUACUCGGCCGCUCACCUGGUGGAGACGGCCCGCACGCUCAUCGACCCCUGGAACAACGAGCCGGUGCUGGACAAUGCGCGGACGCUAGUGCUGAUCACCAUUGCGCUGAACGAGCUGAAUCUCAAGUCGGCGGCGUGGAGCUGGCUCGGGAGCGCCGUGCGGGUGGCCCAGGACAUUGGGCUCUACUCGGAGUCGGGCCCGUGGCCCAUAAUCGAGGGUGAGAUGCGGCGUAGGACGUGGUGGACCAUCUACAUUCUCGACCGGAGCCUGGCCCUCGAGCUCGGCCGGCCGGCGCUCAUUGAUGACUCGGACUGCGACGUGCAGCUGCCAGCCCACGUCGACGACCACUUCAUCCACGACGGCGGCAUGCUGGUGCCCACCGGCGCCGAACCGCUGACGCACUCGCUGCUGGCCGUCAUCCACGUCGUGCGCUCGUACACGGCCCUGGGCCGGGCCUUGUCGACGCCCGUCAUCGCGCCCACCCGCCUUGCCACCUUUGACCAGCACUUUGCCUCGUGCCUGUCUACCUUCCCGCAGACGUGCGACCCCUCAAGCAACGCGGCCCUCUCGCCCGUGCUCCUGAACCCCUUGAUAUACCUACUACACGCGCGCCUGCUUCUGCACCGGCACAAUCUCAUGCCCACGUGCCCGCCCGACGUGCGCCGUACCGCCAUCGACCAGUGCACCCACACGGCCCUCGAGACGGCAUCGCUGCUCGCCCGCACCACGUCGGCCCUGCCCGAGGGCGCUACGGCGCUGCUUACGACCCACAUCUUCCGCUGCACACUGUUCCUGCUGCUGACGGGCUAUCUGGAGCAGGCGUCCAGCUGCAUCCGCGCCCUGGGCGCCAUCAACGAGCACUGCGACGUGGCUGCCCCGUGUGGCCGCUUCCUGGCCUUUUUUGUCUCGGCCCUCGGGUCCAAGAAGGCCGAGUACGCCGCCUUUCUCGCGCAGGCCGCCCCGUCCGGCCCCUCCCAGCAGCAGCACGCGCACCGCGCCCCGGCGCCCGGCGCUCUACAGGACGCUCUCCUUCGCGACGAGGAGCUGCUAGCCUACGUCAGCGCCGACCUGCAGGCCGGCAGCGACACGGCCUGGGUCUGGGCCGGCGGCGAGCGCGAGCCGCCAGAAGUGCACCACCAACACCAACUGAACCACUCGCCCACGGCGGCAGCUGCGACGGCGGGAGGGAAGCACAGCCUAUUCAGCCUCGAGGCGCGGACCAGCCUGACGAGCGACGAGCGCUGGGAGUGGGCAUCUUCUGGCUGGGAGGGCCUGCAGGGCGCUGUGCAAGGGCUCCUGACGUCCCAGUCGACGACGCCCAUCACGGCACCGUCCGCUGCCCAGAGACAACAGGUCUGGCCUCCGCUGCUGCCACACCUGCCGCCGCCUCAGCAGCUUGCGGCCCCCGUCAACAUCAAGAUGGAGAUGGGCGGAAGCAACAGCAGCAGCGGCGUCAUGGCAUCAUCGAACAGCCCCACCGCCGCGGGCGUGGCCAGGAGCAAGAACCAGGAGCGUAUCAGCAUUGCGAAUAUCAUAUGAGAACCUACCUCGCGGGUUUUUAUAUUUGACAAGGAGCACACAUUUACAGGCAGGGAGAGGAGAGCAGGCAGGACAGGCAGUCAGCAGGCGAGGUGUCAGCCCAGUCCUCCCCCACGCUAUGACUAUGAUGGAAAUAUAAAGGAAGUUACGUCUGUUCGUAUAACAGAGGGAGAGCAAAAGAUAUCCCCCUAGCUAGAGGGGUGGCCGAACUCGAACUCACAAACAAAGCGACGUCACGAGCCACGCGAGCAAGCGUAUCAGUGUAACACGCUGUUUGCAAGCAAACGAAAAGGGACGGCGAAGUCCAAGAAGUCAAGGAAAAGGAAAGAAGGAGUUGGGGUUUCAAACGCCCAUGACUCACGA